AUGUUAAAUUCGAUUCCCGAUCUAGCGGAGGCCGACGAUAUCCAUGGGAGGAACAUAUUUAUGGUUGCAGUUUAUUGUCGCCAGGCAAAAAUUUUUAGCUUUAUUCAUGAAGUUGGCUCCAAAUUAGGGGCAACAAAUUAUAUAGAUGAUGAUAAAAAUAGCAUGCUACAUAUGGCUGGCUCCUUAUUGCCUCACCCGCAACUUGAUCGUAUUUCAGGAGCUGCUUUACAAAUGCAGAGAGAAUACACACACACACACAUAUAUAUCUAUAUAUAUAUUAAUUUCUUUAAGGCGGUGGAGUCAGUUGUACCUCCAUGGACAUAUGGAUACACAAACUCAGAGUUCUUGACACCAAGACAACUAUUUACAAGAGAACACAAACAAUUGUUAUCUGAUGGAGAAAAAUGGAUGAAAGAGACAGCAACUUCAUGUACUGUUGUUGGUGUACUCAUUAUUACAAUCAUGUUUGCUGCAACAUUCACUGUUCCUGGUGGGAACGAUGAAAAAACUGGUUACCCAAAGUUUCUUGAUGGCAAAACAUUCAUGCUCUUCAUCAUAUCAGAUGCAGUCUCACUUUUCUCUUCCACUACUUCAGUUUUGAUGUUCUUGGAAAUCCUCACUUCAACAUAUGCUGAAGAUGAUUUCCUCAAGUCUUUGCCUAAGAAGCUCAUGAUUGGUCUUGGCACACUUUUCCUCUCCAUUGCUGCAAUGAUGAUAUCUUUCUGUGCUGCUGUUUCCAUGAUGCUUGAUGAUAAGAAAUCUUGGGCUGCGUUUUUAAUCAUUUCUCUGGCUAGUAUUCCGGUCUCUUUGUUUGUUUUAAUGCAAUUCCCUCUUCUUGUUGAGAUUUACCUUUCUACUUAUGGACCUAAUUUUCUCAAUAGGAAGCCAUCAAGUUGA